CUCGCUUGACCACCCACGAAGGGGAAACAUACAAACCAAGCAAGGCGACAAACAACACAACAAGGUUUGGCGGCAACGCUCAGGCCCAACAAACAGCAAACACCAAACAACACCACUCAUCGGCAACAGCAGCAGCAGCAGCAGCAGCAGCAGCAGCAGCAGCAGCAGCAGCAACCAAACAAGUGCCGCCACCUUCAACCGAAGGACCAAGGCUCAAGCAUUUGCUCUCUUUCUUUCUUUCUCUCUCCCUAUUUGCACAACACACAACAACGGCAUCAAACAACAACGGCAUCAAACAACAACGGCAUCAGACCUGCCACCAGUCUUACCAGUCAGUGGUGAAUCGGCGUUCGCACUUGCGUACGCGCCCGAGUGGUCAGUGACCUGGCACCUUCCCAAGCAAUCAAGAUGCCACCGUCACUCAGAAAUACCAUGACGGCAUCGACUCUCCUGUGCACACUCACGUGCUGCAUCCUCAUCACGUUUAUUGUCACUGAAACGCACGCCGUUUCACUGACCAAUGGCACGGUCGUGACGACACCAAGUGGAACCAAUCUAACGCUGAAGCUGUCCGAGGAUGACUUGAACGCGCUCAAGGCACAAUACAAUCUCGCAACGGGUCAAGGAUCCACAUUCCUCAACAUCGAACCGGGCGCCAUUCGUGAUCUCAGCGGAAACCCAGAAAGCGUCGGCGUCCAAGGCCUGCAACCCCUUGCAUUUCGCCAGGAUGUCACGGCCCCACAGCUGCGGCGCUUUGACCUGAACAUGUCAACACAACACAUUGUGCUCGCGCUCUCCUUCUCCGAGCCAAUCCACGCGGCUCGACUGAAUCCAGAGCACCUGGCUCUCGUGGCUGGCAUCCAAGCACAACCACAGCAGGCCGUGCCACUCCGUGGCGCCUUUCCAGCAGACACCAACGCCAACUCAACAACGCACACCCUCGUUCUCGACGAACGAAACGUGCGCGAGCUCCAGUUGGCCCGAAACGUCUGCAACACUGCUGCAGAUUGCUUCCUUGUUGCCACCGCUUCAGCAGCCAAGGACAUGGCAGGCAACGACUUGCAAGCAAUCCCUCCCAACGCGACCCUCGCAGUCAGCACGUUCACCCCGGACGCAACGCCACCCGUGUGCACAGCCUUCCUGCUCGACAUGGACGCAGCAAGGAUUGUCCUCAAUUUCACCGAGGUCAUUGACACGGCAACAGUCAACCUCACCCGAGCCGCGUUUGUGUCCACAGCAACAGCAGCCACGGAGCACACAUUGGCAGGGCAGGUGACCUUCCCGUCAACAUCCUCCCUUUCCGUUGCAAUGCCAGAGCAGCUCAUGAACGAGCUCAAGGUGGACCUCGGAGUCGGACACUUGGCGACAGAGUCGCAGCUGCGCCUGCUACCCGCCUUCGUCAAGGACACGCAGGCCAUCGACAACCCGUCCCAGCUGCUGCUGCCACAACCCUUCAUUGCAGACACGACGGCGCCUGUGCUGCGGUCGUUCAUCUUCAACACGUCAAACAGCCACCUCCUCCUCAGCUUCGAUGAGCCCGUCGUGCCGGAGACCCUCGACCCGACCAAGAUCACCAUGCACAACAACGCCUCCACGGCGCUCACGCUGACUUCAGGGCGCGUUGUCAGGUACAAUGACGUGCAGACCGAGAUCACUUGGGCGCUGGCUUCGUCAGACGCUGUGCAUGUUGCCCAACUCGAGACACUUGCGGUGUCACCAGAAACCACGUUCAUCACUGCAGCACCGGGCCUCGUCAACGACACGCAGAACAACCCCUUCAGCCAAGCACAGACGCUUGCUGCAAGCCAGUACAUCCAAGACACCGUGCCCCCACGACUGGUGGCAUUCAACCUCAGCAUGACCACGCUGCAACUUGACCUGCAAUUCAGCGAGGUGGUCGACCACGCCAGCUUCAAUGUCACGGGAAUCACGUUCGUCAACGGCGGACAGUCCUACACGCUCACUGGCCAGGCGGCACAGAGCAACCUUGACAAGACGUCACUCACGGUCACACUCACGACGCGCGAUGCAAACGAGAUCAAGGCUCGGACCAGCAUCUGUACCAGCCAGACAACAACCAAGAUCACAGCUGUCUCAGGGUUCGUCGCAGACCAGGCAGGCAACCCAAGCGUGGCAGCUCAGCAGCUUCGUGCACAAGCCUUCACGGCUGACGCGACAUCUCCCGAGGUGGUUGCGUUCACCCUGGACAUGGAGACGGAGGCGCUCACCCUCACCUUCUCGGAGACGGUGGACGUGGCCAGCAUCCAGCCGGGCCUCAUCGCCAUCCAGGCCCUGGCAGACCUCUCCGCCUCCAACGCCUCCGUCGCAGCCACGGCCUUCCCCGGCGACAUUGCCCUCGCAGCAAGCGACGUCGCCGUCGUCCUCGACCCAGGCAGCGCCGUGCACCCAACAGGCACCCUCACAACGGCCCGCAUCACCCUCACAGUCGCAGAUGUCAACCGCAUCAAGGCGCGCCACCUCCUGGCCACAGACGCAGCCACAACCUUCCUCGCCGCCAGCCCGCACGCCGCACAGGACAUGGCCGGCAACGACGUCGUUGGGCUGCCGCACACGAGCGCGCUUGGCCUCGCUGCAACCGCCGCCGACGGCAGCGUGUACACGGCAGAUGCCAGCGCGCCCCUGCUUGUUGCCUUUGACCUUGACAUGGACAGCGGCGAGCUUGUGCUAUCCUUUGACGAGCCCGUGCGCGGCGCACUCGUGAACGCGUCCAGCGCCGUGGUGCAGAGCAACGUGACGCGGGAGAGCGACGCUGCGGGCCCGCUGUACCACCGCAUUGUGGACGGCCGCGUGGUGGCUGCCAGCAACGCGACGACGGUGCGUGUGCAGCUGAGCGUUGGCGACGUGAAUGCCAUCCGCACCGUGCGGGCGCUUGCCUCGAGCGCAGCCACGACGUACCUGAGCUGGGACAGCGCGCUGGCGGAGGACAUGGUUGGACUCGGCGUUGUUGGUGCUGGUGCCAGUGCAGGUGUUCGGGUGCAGCAAUACGGCGGCGACGUGAGCCAGCCCCUGGUUGUGUCUGCUGUGCUGAACAUGACGAGCGAGACGCUUGCGCUUGGGUUUGACGAGCCCGUGGACGCAAGUACGCUGCAGAUUAGCGGCAAGAUCACGUUUGAGAGCCGGCGCGUGUGGGCUGCUGGGGACAGCAGUGGCAUCUACAGCCCAGCGGCGUACACGCUGCAGGGCGGCGCGGUUGUUGGCGGCGCGGGCAACGGCGAGCGCGGCAGCAUGGGCAUCGUCGUGCGGCUCGCAGCAGACGACGUGCUCGCGCUCAAGGCAAACCGGGCGCUGCUUGGCGUGGGCCCCGUGAGCAGCAUUGGCGCGAGCGAGGAUGUUGUUGGCGUGCGGCUUGGCACCAACGCCGUGCUGGACAUGGCAUCCAACGGCCUCGGCACCACUGUGCGCAACCUCACGCUGGGUGAUGGCAACGGCAACACGGGUGUCAGCAUGGGUGGUAUUAUGGCAGCCGCAGCGGGCACGUACGCGUUCUACGCAGACACGGCUGCGCCGCAGCUGACGGCGGCGGUGAUUGACGUGAAUGCGUCGCGGGUGGUGCUCAACUUUGACGAGCCCGUGCACGCGAGCGCGUUGGAUGCAACGCUGCUGAGUGCGGUGAGCGGGAGCGGGCAGUAUGGCGUCAGCGGGCAGUGGCAUGCGCUCGGCGGUGGCUCGACGACGAGCAUGGACGGCACGCAGGUUGAGGUUGUGAUUGAGCGCGCUGAUCUGCGGGCCAUCCAGCUGCUUGUUGGUGUGUGGACAAACGCCAGCACGGCGUGGGUGCAUGCGCUGGGCGGGCUUGUGUCGGACAUGUCAGGCAAUGCGCUUGAGACGAGCGAGCUGGCGGCGGCUGACUUUGUUGCUGACGAGAUCCGGCCACGCAUUGUCGGGGUUGAGCUUGACAUGGACCAGGGCCGGGUUGUGGUGAACAUGAGCGAGCCUGUUGCUGUUGCCAGUGUGAACGUGAGUGCCGUGACGCUGCAGCGUGGGGCACUGGUUGUGCUUGAUGCUGCUGGCGCCAAUGCGAGCGCGGAGUGGGGCAACCCGUACCUGCAGCGCCUGAGCAGCAACACGACGGUGCUGACACAGACCAACGGGCUGGGCUUCGUGCUUGAGCUGGUGCGGGGCGACAUGGACGCGCUCAAGGUGAAGGGCAUUGGGUCGAGCGUUGCGACGACGUGGCUGACGGCGACGUCGGACCUUGUCGUUGACAUGGCUGGGCGGCGGGUGCGUGCUGCGGUGAAUGGGCAGAGCGCCGUCCAGGCGGGCCGUGUUGUGGCGGAUGCGACGGCGCCGGUGCUUGAGCGGUUCUCGCUUGACAUGGACGCAGCGCGGCUUGUGCUGUGGUUCUCCGAGACGGUUGAGAGCAGCAGCCUGAGCACUGGGGAGGUUGUGCUGCAGGGGCGCGCUGGUGCACUUGGUGGGCUUGGCUUGCACGAGGUGUAUCAGCUUGGGACGAGCAGUGCCGGCCGAGCUGGCUGGGCUGAGACGGAGGUGGUGUCUGGGGACGGCCCCGUGCAGGUGGUGUCGCUUGGGCGGGCCGAUAUGGAGGCGCUGAAGCUGCGGUACGGCGUUGCGACGGCGCGCAGCACGACGCUGCUGUCGUUUGGCAGCGCGCUUGUUGCGGACCACGCUGGGAACGCGGUUGUUGGUGUUGCUGGAGCGAGCGCUGUUGAGGCGAGCGUGUUUGGCGGGGACGUGACGCCACCGCGCGGGGUUGCUGUUCGGGUUGACCUCGCUGGUGCCGUUGACAGCGACGGUGUUGCUGGUCGCACCAUGACACUCAAUGUGACGUUUGAUGAGCCCGUUGUGGGCGGUGUGCUCAACGUGUCCAGCAUUGUGCUGUACGGCAGCAACAACAGCAGCAGCAGCAGCAGCAACAGCUCCAGUGCGGUGAUGUACCGGCUGCAGGACGGCGUGAGUGGCGUUGCGACCGGCACUGAGAACGGGACGGAGGUAGUGGUUGUUGUUGGACGCGCCGAUGCGAACGCCAUCCGCGCGCUGCCUGGCCUGUGUGCUGAUGCGAGCACGUGCCUUGUUGGGUAUGAGAGCACGCUUGUGCGGGACAUGGCAGGGAACGCGGUUGUGGCGCGAGGCGCGGCGGCGGGGACGCUGCUGGCGCCGGCGCAGUUUGUGGCGGACGAUGUGGCGCCGGUGCUGGAGGGUGUUGGGCUCGACAUGGAUGCGGGCGUGCUUGAGCUGUCGUUCAGCGAGACGCUUGAUGUGACGCGUGUUGUUGCGAGCCGGGUGAUGCUGUACAGCGCGGAGUGUGGUGGUGGUGGUGGUGGUGGUGGUGGUGGUGGUGGGGAUGUGCGGUACAAUGUGAGCGGGGGUGUGGUGUAUGGCGUGAGCGGGUUGGCUGGCGGAUCUGCUGUGGCGUGGGCGCGGGUGUCUGCCGUUGUGCGGGUGAACCUGACGGAGGGGGACCUGAACGAGCUGCGUGCGCUGAGCGGGCUUGUGCGCGGCGUUGGCAGCACGUAUGUUGGGCUGCGUGGCGGCGCUGUUAUUGACAUGAGCGGGAAUGCUGUGGAGGGGACGGUGCCGUGCGGGGGCGGGCUUGUGCAGGCGACGGCGUAUGUGCCGGAUGCCACGCGGCCACGCCUGCAGGCCUUUGUGCUCGACAUGGACAACCACCUCCUCCACCUCACCUUCUCAGAGACCAUCAACGCAUCCUCCUUUGACAUGCGGGGGCUGUCGUUUGUUGGAUACCCUUCCGUUGACCUGUCCACGUCAGCCAUUGGAUCGACGUCGUUGCUUGAGGCGCGUGUGAACUUGUCCGUCACGGCCGUGCGAGCGCUGGAGGUGUUGUACAAUCUGUGCUCUGCACCGACACCAACAUCUGGUUCGCCAUGCGACCUGUCUGUGCAGGCCAACUUUGCCGAGGACGGCUUUGGCAACGCAAUUGUGCCCGACGUCCUGACGGCAACCACGGUUGUGCUUGAUGCGCGAGCUCCACGCGUGCUGUCGUUUGAUCUUGACAUGACGCAGCACCGGAUGUUGCUGACCUUCUCUGAAGUGGUGAUGCUUCCGUCCGUGAACACGAGUGCGGCUGUGCUUGUGAACGGCGCUGGCGUGGCCGUUCGUCUCAGCGCCGAAACGAUUGUGUCGUCUUUGACCAAUGCAACGACGAUUGAGCUGAGCAUUGGCGGCCGUGACUUAGAGCAGCUUGAGCUUGAGGCAUUGCUUGCGGUGAGCGCGGCCACGACGCAGGUUGUGCUUGAGGCAGGCUUUGUGACCGACAUGGCUGGCAACGCCCUCGCAGCGCGGCCUGCGGUUGGUGUGGGCGCGUUUGUGCCUGAUCGCGUGCGCCCGCGGCUGUCGUCGUGGCGGCUCAACAUGAACAUUGGCAUCCUGACGCUCGUCUUCAGUGAGAUUGUGAACGCGUCAAGCCUCAACGUGCAUGGCAUCGGUCUGCAGGACAACCCGCUUGCGUAUCGGGAGAACGGCGUGGCUCUUGCGGCGAUGACGCUCAGUGGCGGGUCUGUGCUGUCCAGCAACAACCACACCAUCCACGUGCUGCUGAAUGCAGCCGACCUGAACCUGCUGAAGCGCCUUGAUGGCGUGGCAACGCAGGUUGUGAACUCAUACAUCACGCUGACCAGCAGCACGGUGCGGGACAUGGCUGGUAACAGCGUUGUUGCCAUUGUGGAUGGUGCUGCUGAGCGUGCGGCUGCGUUUGUGGAGGACACGACGUCCCCCGUCCUCACCGGGUUUGACUUGGAGCAGGACGUGGUUGGCUAUCCGCUGCGGCUGCUGCUCCGCUUCUCCGAGACGGUUGAUGUGACGACGUUUGACUUGACCAAGGUGGUCCUGCAUGAGACGGCUGCUGGCGGCGGCGCGGGCCUGGAAGAGAAGCGCCUGACUGGUGGCAAGGCAGAGCCCAUUGCGUAGUCGCAAGCGAGAAGAUGCUCUGUGUGUGUGUGUGUGUGUGUGUGUGUGUGUGUGUGUUUGUGUGUGU